AAGUCUUGCGCAAAAACCGAUGGAAAGCAGAUAAGAACACGAAGAGUAAAAUAGACGCUCUGCAUAUUCAUUGUGGAUUUUGCCGCGAACUUGCAGCACUUUUGCCUCAUGUAUGCAUCCAAAAAGCUGCAUGGGCACAUGGCUAUAUAAACAGGGGCAGUGCGUGUGGAAGCCACAAGCCCACAGGCCACGGUACAGCAAGCUUUACACACAGCAACUGAAUCGUGUCGGUGUCAUCUUUCCUGAUCAUGCUCGUGCGCCAGCCACUGGUCGAGAACGUCAUCUCCGCGAGCAGGAGCAUAUGCUCCGUGUCGCGGGCAGUCGUGAGCCUCCUCGCGCGCGACGCCAGCGUCGUCGACGGCGAAGACGACGGCCGCGGUGUCGGUGUGGCCGCCCGACCGCCGCGGCAUUGCGAGCAGUCGCGCUCCGACGUCGCGGCGGUCAUGGCGAGCCUCGGCCUGGUGGCCGGAGCCGGCGGGGAGCACGACGAGGAAGACGUGGCAGCCGACGGUAACGAUGAGCUGUGCGGCGGGUGCGCGGCGAUGGCGGUGGUGGACGAGCUGAUGGAGAGCAAGGUGGCCAGCGAGGGCGAGCUGAGGGAGGCGUUCUACGUGUUCGACCGCGACGAGGACGGCUUCGUGGGCGCCGCGGAGCUGUGGAACGUGAUGCGGAGGCUCGGGAUGCCGGAGGGCGCGGCGUACGACGACUGCCGGAGGAUGAUCGCCGCGCACGACGGCGACGGCGACGGCAGGAUCAGCUUCCGCGAGUUCAGAGCCAUGAUGGAGAACGCGGUUUAAUUAGUCGUUUAGCGCCGGCCGUUUCGAUUAUCGUUACUUUUUUUUGUUCUAGACCGUGUUACGGAUUAUAUCCUUCGUCAGUACUACUACUUGACAGCUACAAAUGUUUUGCCGCAGAACGAUGCAUUCCACAAGCAAAAACAGAGUACAAAUCUAGUUCUGUCGAGGGCAGGAUAUCAUCAGUCGUCCAAGCACGGGCAUUACCCUGGAUCUUACUCUUAGAGUCGAAUUUGAUUGCCUAUUUUCAAAAA